AUGUCCGACUCUGCCUCCUUCACCUCCGGCUCCCCGGCCACCUCCACCCACCACGGCUACAAAAAGUCCCUCUCCAGCAAGGCCGACCCCAACACUGCCCUCAACGAGCACCAACCCAUGGCCAACAUCGGCUCCGUCUCAACCUUCUCCCUCCGCUCCAUCCAACACACCGACCACGAGGGCCGACUCAUCACAGAGCCCGACCUCUCAAACCCCACCCGCCACCGCUUCGAGCGCCCACUGGAUACCAUUCGGAACUUUGAGGCUGCGAUUGACAGACGUCGUCGGGAGAUGUAUUAG